GUUCAGAUUCGAAUGCAUGCGCUUUGACAGCCAUGUCGAAACCAAUUUCCUUCGGAUUUGGUAAGCAGAAACCCUCUGCGCCAGUCAAAGGACCAAUCCUACCUGCUAGAAAGACCGCACUCGCAAAUGGCCGGCCGAAAACUGCGCUCCGCCAUGAUUCAGACAACGAAGAUGAGGAAGAGCCUAGACACGAGACUCGGAAGAGCUAGUCAUCAAGAACGCCGGAAAUGCCGAUUGGCGAAGACGAGGUCGUAAGAACCUUCUUCCUGCUGAGGUGCAGGCCCAACAGCAGAAUGGACAUGUUAUCGUGGUUGAACGAGAUGAAGUCAGUACCGCGAGUGGGCUGCAGCUUGCUGAAAUAGGUGGCAAAGCCGUAGCUGUGGAGGGCAAUGGCGAACAGCAAACUGCGCCUAAUGAAAACGAGCCGGAGGCAACACAUAAAGACUUGACUGCGGACGAGGAAGCGUUACAAGCGCUUCUGGACGAUGGGUCAGGCAAGCCGAAGUCAAAUGCUGUCAUAACGCAACAGGGAAACAUGCACACAUACCGAGACGAGGCGCAAGAUUACAGAGAAGACGUCGCGUCAAGACCGGACUCGAGUACACUAGAAGAGUAUGCCGCUAUGCCGGUUGAAGAGUUUGGCAUGGCGAUGCUAAGAGGGAUGGGUCAGAAACGACGUGCCAACGGCGAGGUUAUCAAUUUCAACCCUUCAGCAGACGAGAAUCCACGAAAGCUACGCAAGCAGGAAGGAUUUCUCGGAAUAGGUGCGAAACCCGCUCCAGGAACGAAUGGUGUUGAACUAGGCGCCUGGGGCAAGGCAGAUAUGCGAAAGAACAACAAGGGCCAAGGCUUUUUCACACCACUCAUGCGCGAGAACAAAGCCACAGGAGAACGGAUCUCGGAGGAUGAAUUGCAGAAGAGGUUGAAAGAGUCGAAAGGUCAGGAGAAAGAGGAAGACUGGCGACAGCGCAGAGAUCGCAACCUGGAGCGCAGUGGUCGGGAAGAGGGCCGUGAACGCGAGCGGGAUCGAAAGAGUGGAGAUGAUGACUAUCGUGACCAGAUGAAUUCAUUUUCGCGCUCAAGCUCGUCCAAGCGAGACGCGGAUGACAGAGAUACUUCUCGCGCAAGACGACGCAAAGACGACAGAGAUUACGAUGUCUCCAGGUCAAGAAGGGACGAAGAUAGAUCGAAAGACCGACGACAACGGGAUGAUGGCGACCAUGAUAGCCGGCAUCGAGACAGACACAGAGACCGAGAACGAUAUCGAGAUGAUGAUCGGUAUGAUUCGAGUUCGUCUCACCGCAGCCACAGAGAUCGCGAUAGAGACAGGGACAGAGAUAAGGAGCGCCGCGACCGUGACAGGAGGUAGCUUGACUUGAGCGCUGCGUGAGGAAUACCAUACAUUCUACCCUCUUGGUGGAGGGUUCCAGCAUCAAAUUAUCCUUUCUUUUUCGAGGCUACUAUUCUAACAUGACAAAAUCCC